AUGUAUCAAUCACAAGGCGCCGCCUCCGGCGCGACUGGCGGCAAUGGCCCCACAGUGGGCACCGUCGCGGCCUCCACUCGCUUCCCCAAGACUAUGACGUUCGAAGUGAACCCAGAUGAAAUUUUCUUUCAUGACUUUGAACCCCACAAGACGUACGAGGCAUCGCUACAUCUAAAGAACGUCACAAAGGAGGCGCAGUACAUUCGCGUCGCACGGCCGGCAAGCCGAUUUCUGGUGUUGAAACUGCCGCGGCACGGCGUCACGACGAUGAAGGUUGCCUCUGGCCUCUCCAUCACGUACAAGGUGCUCUUCACGCCUGAGGAGAACCGCGACUACGCGUGCGACCUCGUCGUGACGACCGACCACGAAGAGUUCACUGUUCCCGUGCGCGCCGUCGCGGGCCGUGGCCGUCUCACGCUGCCGGGUUCCUUCACGGUUUCGCCGUGUCCGGUGAAGGGCAGCGCCGAAACUGCGCUUUUCCUUCGCAACACCGGCCGAAUGGAGUGCCAAUGGCGUGCGGAGGCACCGGCGCCGUUCGCCAUCACACCGUCCUCUGGCAUUGUGCCGCCGGAUGGAGGCGUCCUCCCCGUCAGCGUUGUCUUCUCCCCGCCGACGCUGCAGCAGUACGACUCCACUAUUGUCUUCCGCCUUGGCCCGGAGGAGGACAUGGUGCAAGAGUUACCCCUCACAGGGAGCGCCGUGGAGGUGGCGGUGGUGCUGGAGCAGAGCACAUUGGAGUUUCCUAGCACAUUCGUCACGCUGGAGAAUCAGGCAGUGGUGCGUGUGCGGAACGACAGUGACUAUACGGUGCACUUCACGUGGAAGUCGGACCGUACAGAGGCGGAGGAGGCGCAGGCGACAGAACACAAUCUGUUGCAGCAGUCCGAGUUGGUCACAUACACAGUGAUGUCGAAAUCACAGAAUGAUGCAACCCAAAAACGACUUGCAAGGGAACGACUAGAUAUUCUCGCAAAGGCAGGACGCGUGUUUGAUGAUGACGUAUUCACGCUCGAGCCAGUUAGUGGUGUGAUUUACGCGAAGGGAAGUAAAGAGUUUGUUGUCACCUUUAAUCCACAACUCACCAUGGAUUACCUCGCCACUGCCUACCUCGACAUCAGCGGCAGGCGGCAGCGACUCCCGUUACAAGUAAAAGGCACAGGUCUCGGUCCACAGUGCGAAUUGGAGUACAGCCGUCUAGACAUUGGUGACAUCUUCGUAGGUGCACUGCACGAGUACGAGGUGGCCAUUAUGAACAAGGGCUGCAUUGAGGCACGCUACACGGUGCUGCCUCAGGAUACGCUUAUGGGGCAAAAGUUUACGUUCUCCCCAUCGGAGGGUGUCCUGGCGCCUGGCACACACGAGACGCUUGUUAUUCGCCUUCAGUCCGACCUCGUCGGCCUCAUAUCCGAGACAUUUCGCAUUCAUCUUCACGGCUCUCUCGCAGAUCGCACACUCCGCUUCCGCGGUCGUGUCACUGGGCCCUCACUUCAGUUCGAUGUUGAGAACCUUGACUUUGGUAAUGUCUCAUACAACUUCCUCCACUCCCGCACAACGACGAUGCUGAAUACCGGUCAGGUCCCUAUUCACUUCCAUCUGCGCAUCCCCGAAUCCACCCCGCUCCACACGGCGAUCACGGUUGUCCCGUCCGACGGCGUCAUUGCACCUAAUGGGCGGCAAGAAAUACGCGUCGAUUUCACCUCUAGCACGGUGGGUGACUGCGAGACGGUGCUGUUAGUCGACGUGGACGGUGUUGGCAAAGCGGUGGAGUCGCUCCCCAUAAGGGCCGCGUGCCUUGUGCCAGCACUUCAAUUAUCUAUGGAGCAGCUGCAUUACGGUACCUGCUUCGUUGGUCACGAGUACACCAUGAACCUGGAAGUCGUCAACAAGACUGCACUCCUUGGCAGGUAUGAGGUUACCAUGCUUAAUGAAGAUGGCGGGUGUGCGGUGAAUGCAAGUGUUGUUAUUGGGUCGGCAGGUGAAUCACAAGGUGCUGAAGAGAUUAGUCCGCGUAGUCGAUCCCAAGUUCCGGUCAAACUAACACCUUUGGUUGUUGGUGGACUGCGUAUGACGCUGUACGUGCGUGUGUUGGGCUCGGACGAGCCGCCACUGCCUGUCCUUGUGACUGCGACAGCGCGUGGGCCGACCGUGACAGUGGAUUCCAAGGCGAUUGCGUUCGGCACGCUGACGUUGCUGGAACACGCAGAGCGAGACCUCUUGUUAUCCAACACGAGUCCUAUCCCCGCCUUCUUCACCGUACGCCUCCCACACCGCGAAACGCGGGAGGGUAACUCAGUCUUUCAUCUCGAGCAGACAGAGGGUGAAAUACCGCCAUACGGCAGUUUUGUGGUGAAAGUGUCGGCGUGUCUGGACGACUCGCGACCCUUCACGGACAAGAUCCAAGUAAAGGUUCGGUACGCAGAGGAUGAUGCGCAGGUCAUUGCAGUCUCUGCAACCGGGAAGGGCUACGCACUUGUCCCCAUCGAGCCUAUUGACAAGAUUGACUUUGGCGAUGCCUUCACCGAGACACAAGUGGAGAAGCCGUUGGUGCUCACCAACAAGGGCCGGCGCGACAUUGAUGUGCUGUGGACAAACCUGCGCGGCACUCGUGUGAAGCCUGGCGGCCCACCCAUUGUGUUUCACAUCCACCCCGAGAAUGCCGUUAUCAGUGCUGGUGAAUCCUUCACGUUUAAGGUGCAGGGGUUGGUGAAAUUUGCGGGUAACUUCACUGAGGAGUUCGUGCUGAAGGACAAGAGGGUCUUUAGACCUAUUCUUACUUCCAGUAUAACAGGAAACUUUGUCCCCCCGUUGAUCGCCUACAGCACAAAGAAGAUCGGUUUCGACUACAUCUACGGUGCCGAGGGAGAGGCAGGCCAGACGGUUAUGACAAAGACAUUUACGAUGAAGAACAUCACGACACGGCCGCUACGGGCGGUACUGAAGCGUUUGGAGGUGCCGUCAGGGAGUCCCUCUCCGUUUCAUUUGGUAGAGCCAACGUCCUUUGGUCUCGCGAGCGGUGAAACACGCAUUAUAGGUGUCACCUGCAAUACCGCCUAUCGCCACGACAACAUUGCCCACUCAGUAAAGGGCCGGGUUCUAGUCGCCUUCGAAAACCAUCCAUUUACUGAGUACGUGAGCCUUUCAGCCGACAUUGCAUUUCCGACCAUCCGCAUUGAACCCGAAGGAGAGCAGGUGAACUUUGGAUCUAUUCUUGUGGACACGGAGGGGCGUUCGGAGCUCACCCUGACGAACCUCUCAUCUUCCGUUGCAGCAAACUUCUUGUGGAGUAUCGAGUGCCAUGACGAGGCCGCAGAGGGGCAGUCUGAGGUAAAGCAGAAACAAUUCGACUUUGUCCCCUUUCGUGGCACCAUCCCACCUGGUGGACAGCGCGUCGUUGAGGCUGUUUUCUACGGUACGCGUGGACGACACGAGGCCACCGCGACGUGUAUGCUGGAGGGCGGGCCAAAAUACAAAGUGGGCCUCGUGGGCUGGAGCGACGCCGCGGUGCGUUUCGACUGCACCAGCCUCGACUUUGGUGUUAUGCAUCACAGGGCAGUGGCGAAGAAGACCAUCACCAUCUCAAGCCUCUCGCGCGUUGCCGUUCCCUUCACAGUAGACCUUGCCUCGCUGCGGCAACCAGGGUCUUUGACAGUAAAGCCGCUGAGCGGGAUUGUGACGAACAAAGUCUCACUCACUGUGGCAUUCAGGCCGUUAAUACCAGAGGAGGUUGUAGAGACAUUCUUUGUGCAGGUGGGUCACCUCGACCCACAGCCCAUCACGGUGUGUGGUCUUGGUCAGACAAGUGCUAUGACAGUGGCAUUGUGCGACAAGAAUGUGACAUUGACUCGCGUGGAGGACGCAACGUACCUGCGUUGCCUUGAGGAGCUCGCAGAUAGCGACUGGGUCCCGUAUCACACAAAGGCUGGCUACACGCCAGAUCUGUCGCACGUCGUACCCCUAGCGAUAGAGGCUGAGCGGAUGGCGUUCUGUCGCAACAUUCUAGCUACCUCGUCGACGUCAACACCAUCGGCAACUGAAGUACAGCGCGUCGCUGGUGGCGGUACUGAGAAGAAAAAAGAAGAACCACUUGUCCUCUCACGGUAUGUGGUUGAAUUUGGCCACAUGACACGGCAGGAAACCCGCACUGUAAAUCUUACGCUCGUGAACACGUCCAUGUACUCUGUGUCAGUUCUGCUUGACAAGCGGGCAAUUGAACCCUUGCCGCUGCGCAUUGAGCCGCUGAAGAUUCCCACGAUGUCACCCUUCACAGAAACAGAGGUGAGCCUGAUACUCGCAGCUGAUGACCCGGAAAAAAUUGCGACUGGCGAGAACCAAUUCGAGUUCUUUCUUGAUAUUAAUAAAGGACCCCGCGUCAUUAUUGAGGUGCGCUGCUUUGUUGCUACACCAAUAUUGGUGCCUUUUGAAAACACGGUGGACUUUGGCGACAUCCUUCUUGGUCAUGUGAAGAAGAUACCGCUGCACUUUGUCAACAACGAGGCCGUCCCAUGUUCGUGGAAGAUGCUGCUGAUUGAGUCCAAGCGGAAAGAAGAAGGCGAUGCUAAUGCCGGUGCCGUCACCCCCACCGCUGUUACUGUUGCUACAUCUGCUUCUGCAGGGACAUCACUUGGCAAUUCCAGACGGCAGUUCAAAGUGAACAAGGACCGAGGAACACUUGCCCCCAACAAUUGCAUGACCAUCCAGCUGAAUUUUAUGUCAAGAUUCAAAGGGCCCGCAAAGGCCAAACUGCGCCUCCGCUACACAUCCAAUCCGGAGGAUUAUUACAUUGUGAUACGAGGCAACGUUGUGGGGGUAGAUGUAGAGUUUUCUCCGUCACCACUGGUGUUCCCACCGGUGUUUCCGUGUCAGACGAUGAGGAACGCCUUCGUCAUCACGAACAACGAGGAGCGGCCAUUGGAAGUGUUCAGCAUGCAGCUUGAUCAGAAGUACCGGGUGGAGCUCAACAUUCUGCGGCACACCCUCGCAAUGCAGAAUACGCCGAGUGGUAAGGAAAGGGAACUCCACCUCCCGAUUCGUGAGGCAGGCUACUCGCUCCCGGGGCCACUCCUCGACGCCGCAUUUACGGAAAUUCAAACAGAGGAGUCGGGGCUUGAGUACAAGGAGCCGGAGGCCGAUGAUGAUAACCUAACAGAGCGGCGGGCUGGAAGUCGGGGAUCGUCGCGGCGUCCGCACUCUUCGCAGCCGCGGACCGAAGCACCAGGAGCGACCCCAUCGCAGCGUGAGCGGCCAGCAACACGUGCAGCGUCCGCAGCCUCAGGAGUGAAUGUAGUGAGGCCACAGCUAGUGGUCGUCACUGGGCCACCUUUUGCAGGAAGGACGACACAAACACGGAAGUUGAUGGAGGAGCGGAACCUGACGCAACUCGAUCUGGACCUCAUGGUACGUGCAGAGGCUGAAUUUGAUACAGCAGAAGGAGAGAGCAUCCGUAACAUCCUCUCGGAACGAAGGGAACGCGGCUCAGCGCGUACAACAGAGGAAGCUGUUAACUGCAGUACCCCGGUCCCCGUAGAGAACCUUGUUAACUCAAAUGUGGUGAAGAUUCUCUACGCACUUGUAACGCGUCAUCUCACAUCACUUAGUGGGUCGGAGAAUGUGAUAGUAGAUGAUAUCAAAUCGAUCCUUACCGAUGACCGAGAGGCGGUGUUAUUCGCCAUUGAGAAGGCAGCAACUACUACAGGAAGGGCACUGCAGAUCAUCUCACUUUGCGUGAGUGAGGCGACAGUGGGGCUCCGCCGCAACCUUGAAAAACAGCAGAGGUGCAGUCAAGGCGCUGAAGAGGCUAUGACAGUGCCGCUCACGGAGGAUGAAUACGAACAACUCUCCGCUGACGAGCGUGACGCAUACAAUCACCGUCUGCUACAUUAUAACACAUGCAAGCGGGCCCUAGCGGAAGCCACAAAGGAGGUGGCACGCUUCAGUGAAGAGCGGAAGAGUGCGGAGCAGCUAUCGGUGCAGGCUAUGAUCGAUGCUUCCAUUGCCGCAAAAGAAGAGCAGGAGGCCCUCUUGCGAAGCACCACGAAGGGCAAAAAGCAUGCGCCGGAGCCGCGUCCCAAGCCGGUGUGGAACAACCUCUCCGAGCUCGAUCAGUAUAAGGAACUCUAUAUGUUGCUGCGCCGCAUGAAUGGCACAAUGCACACCGCUGUUGACGCUGAGGGAAGUGACGAGGCGGUGACCAAGGCAAUUUUGGAGCAGGCAUUCCCGCUCUCAGACACAGAAAUGGAGUUGAGGCCGGCCACACCAGUCUCCAAUGAGAAAACAGAGGAGGUGCAACGACGUGUGGAUUAUUCGCCCGAGGCAAGAGGAUUCGGUUUGUGGGAGUUGAUUGAUGACAGCCGUGUGCGGCGCACAGUCGAGUCAUUGGAGGAAUUCCGUUUUUUCUCCGUUGUGCAACGUGAUGCAGUUGUGAAGAAGUCACCGAAGGGGGCGGCGCAGCAGUUGGUGUCGGUGGUAGAGGAAACAACGAGGUGGAUAGUCCCGCCCAAGUCGUCGGUGUGCGUCACCGUUGUGUUCUCCAGCGAGAAGCUGGGGAAACACGCAACUUCCUUUUUCUUUGGUAUCACAGGCACGAGUCAAGAAAUCGUGCUGCCUGCCGUUGCGCGCAUCGCGUACCCGGAGAUAUGCCGUGAUGAGAAGAGUGUUUUUGCCGUGACGAAGCCACGUGCAAUUGCCGGAAAGCAGAUGAGUCGCGUCUUUCUUACUUCGAAGCGGACGUACGAAUUCGGCCCUCUUAUCGUCGCUGGUGGGGGAAUGGCAACACCGCUACCGUCCGUCCGUAAGCUCAACAAGCGGGCGAGUGACGUUGGAAUGAUUUUCAAGAGGAACAGUUCCCUCGCUCUCCGGGAGAGUGGAGCACAGGAGACCAUGACCUUCACAAACAGUGGCAUAUUCCCUGCGGAGGUUACGGUUUCCUUUGGGAAGGAGAAGGAAAACACCUUCACUGUGACACCGAGUAAGUUCACAUUACCAGUAGGGGAAAAGACGACGGUGGUACUGCGUGCCGUGCCGGAAACAAUUGGUGAAAUCUCAUCACGGCUCGUCGUAACAGUGCGUGACAACCCAACACCCUGGUACGUUAAUGUCUCCUGUAUUGGUACGCGACCAGCCGUAACGCUUGAUGGGAAGAAGGAGUCAGUGGCGCAGUAUGGACGAUGCUUGCUUACUCGUCAGGUUGAGAAAGCAAUCAUUAUUGCUAAUGUCAGUUUGAUGCCUGUGCGCUGGCGUAUCUUGGGUGUUGAAAAAUUGCCAAAGGAGUUUGAGCUGAACUCCCCUGGUGGUCUUCUAGACGUGAACGCUGUCUUCCCGCUUGAGGUGGCCUUCAAGCCGACACGAACAGGCGUGCACAACAUACCGCUUAAGGUGGAAGUGACAGACUCAGACGACGUGCCGUUUGAGUCUCUCCCAUUGGUUAUCAAGGCUGAGGCACAUGAUACAGUCCUGGAAUGGACUCGGGAAGUUGAUUUCAAGCUUAUGCAUGUGGGUGAUACAAAGAAGGAUACAGUGCGCAUUCUCAACAAGGGCCCGUACGAGGUUGGCUAUAUACUUCGGAUUCCUAAGUGUUUGCAAGGCCUUAUUACACUCUCACCAAGUGAGGGACUGUUACGCGGGCUCGUCGGCUAUAAAGAUGCAUCAUUAGUGAACGUGGAUGUGACAAUCCGCUUCGAGAAGGAAGGUGAAAUUCCUUCAGCACUUGGUGUGAUUGAGGCCUCAUUCUUUGAUCCCAUCGGAAAUGAACUAUUGUUUCCAGUGCAAAGCAUCCCUGUGAAUGGGGAAGCGUGGUACAAUCGUUUCACUAUCAAGCCGUCCUGUAUUGAUUUUGGAUCCUGUUUCACCGAUCAGAAGAAGCAGUGCUCCUUCGAGCUGCGCAACACUGGUCGCUUCCCGCUCAACUUCCGUCUGUUUAACUACAAAAAUGGCCCCGCAUUGCCCACGGCAGAUGAGGAUGAAACCACAGUCAAGAAGCACCGAAAGUCAGCCAAGGCAGAACCAGCGUUUCAACUUGGUGCCUUCACAGUGUCACCGAGUAGUGGAACCGUCCCGGUGGGUGAGGUGUUUGUGUUCCAAGUGGUCACUCUGCAAGGCGACAAGACGAGUCAUAAGGAGACACUCGGCAUCUACGUUGACCACUGUGAGCCGGAUUUGGAAGCGAAGGGGGUGCCGUUUGAACUUGUCGCUUCACCAACAACACCUGGCAUAGUGGCGGACCUGACGUCCUCUGUGGAUGUGGAAACAGUGUUUGAGGAGCAGCAGGUGGUGACUAGCAUGGCACAGUGCAACAGGUCGAUGCGCGCCUAUGUGAGGGAUAGUGGUCUCUUCUCAUUUGGGGCGGCUCUUGUUGGCAGCCGGUUGGAGGAGCGAUUCCGCAUCGCCAAUUCCAGUCCACUAACAUGUUUAGUGAAGCUGCAGCUGCUACCAAAGUAUCCACGCGAAAAGAAGGAGAGAGAGAAGAAGGAUAAGGAUGCGAUACUUGGCGUGGACGGUUUUGAAUUGUUGAUAGAUGGGGAGCCGGAGGGUACAGACACAAUGCAACUUCCAUCAUUCGAGAGCCGAUUUGUGACGGUGAUUUUUACCCCUCCAACACUGCAAUCAUUUAAUGCUCGUUUUGAAGCUGUUGUUAUGGGUGGGACAGAUCCUAAAACCAGCGCCCUACGCUUUGAUCUUUCAGGCGAGGGUGUCCUGCCAACAGUGGAGUACAUCCUUCCGCCACGACUGCAGAUUCCAUUUGUUGUGAAGCCACCCACACCAACAAAGAGGAACGCCAAGGUGCGUGGACGGGAGGCAAAGAGAUCGGUGAGUAUGCAGCAUGUAUUGGAAGAUGCUGCAAACGCCGGCGCCGGUGACACGAUACAGCUUCCACUCACGCUUCUCGGGGCAGUGUCAACUCGGUCUUUUACAGUGCGGAACACUGGUGAUAUUACCGCCCACAUUCGACUAACGGCACCAGAUGAGUUUCCGAAGGAUAUUUUGGUGUCAAAGUUACGCGAAGAAAUCUUACUCCCUGUUGGAGGCGAGGAAACUUUCACACUCUCCUUUACACCGACCGCUGUGGUAAAGCGACGUGUGCGGCUACGUGUUUCUGUGACGGAGAAUCCGUACGAGGACCGCGAGCUGUGGGUUGUGGGCGAGAGCUAUUUCCAGACCAUCAGUUUCGACAACAUUGACCCGGGCAGUGAAGAUCACCUCUCUCUGGGCCACUGGUACGUGUCGCAGCCGAAGGAGCAUGUGGUGACGCUGCGCAACAACAGCCCCCACGCGGUGCGUUUCGCGUGGGACUGUUCCUCUAAUGCCCUACGCUGCUCACCGAUGAUAGGGCAUCUGUCAGCUGGUGCAUCGAAGCCGAUAACGUUGCGGCUCUUUGCAGACUCAGUGUCAAAGGCAACAAUUCAGUGCGCACUCCGCGUGGUGUCAAUUGAGAUGUUGAAGGCGGAUGACUGGGACAACACGCAGACGAAGGCCAAAUGGGUAGCGAUGGCCUCCGCCAGCGAUGAGACACAGACUACAUCAUUAACUUCAGAGACCGACAGCCGGCGGAACCUGCGCAAAGUUGUCGAAGCGAUUCCGGAGCCAAUAUACAACCCCACCAACGACCUCUCAGUGCAGAAGACGCUCUACGUGAGUUAUGCAUGUGAUUUUACAUCAUACAAGGUCACGUUGCCAAUGAACGACGGCGUGGGAGCUUCUGAUCCCAUCACGUUCCCAGUGACAAAGAUCUUCCAGAAGAGAUCUACCCCUCUGCGCAUCACUAACACGGGACUAAACGUCUUGCCCUUCUCGUUUGAGGUGAAUGGCGUGCACAAUCGCUCUUCUGGUGACAUGGAUCUCACCGGUGUCUUCAGUGUGGACCCUGUCGAAGGAGAAAUUGCACCCCAGAGGCAUCUUGACGUGCGUGUUACAUUUGCCCCAAGAACUGUCGAGAGUGUCACGCAGCUACUCGUUGGGACCUUUCUGUACAGUCAAGAUCCCAAACUGUACCUGCCAAUGCAGGGAAGCGCGGAGUGUCCACUAGUUCACUUCAAUGUGCCGCAGUGUGACUAUAUGUCUAACCGAAUCGACGGCGAGGCUGGACCUGAUCUGAACCCUGAGACUAUUGCUGUCAUGUUCAACGCAUGCGGCCUACAGAGCAAAUCCACUGUUAGCUUUAAGGUCAUUAACCCCACCACGUCGACGUAUCGGUUCGAAUGGAUCGGUGAUCCCUUGUCACAGCGUCUCUCACCGUUCCGUUGUCUUACGCCAUCCGGCUCUAUAUCAGCGGGAAAGCAGUGUGAGAUGACCUUCGAUUACACUGCCACUUCUAUCGGCCUUCGCGAAUCGAAAUGGAGUUUCAUCAUUACGGGUCAGGUGUCCGUGCCAUUCUUGCUCGUUGGUAAGGCAGAUGAACCAAACGUGUUUCUGCACGUGAGCAGGGUACAUUUUGGAGGCGUAACCGUUGGUAACAAGACCGAAAGAAUCAUCCAGCUGGAGAACCGUGAAGAUGUUCCCUUCCCCUUCUCUUUUGACCGUGCCUCAUUGGACAGCGAGACCUCCUUUGUCGGGGUGAAGCCGCUAAGCGGCGUGGUUCCAGCCAAGUCUGCAAUCCCACUUUCAGUGUGGUUUUGCCCGAAGGAAGAGAUCAUGGUGAAUGUCAAGUUGAUUUGCCGAGUGAAACGUCUGAGCGACCCGCUGACGAUAAAUGUGAAGGGUGAGGGCCUGCGUGUGCAUUCCACACUCAGCAUUGCGGACGAUGACGAUGACGAGACUUCCGAACCUGUUGAUGUGCCGCUAUCGCANCCGCUUUGCUUCAACCUUGGUCGCGUAGAGGUGGAUAAAGUUGUGAAGAAGCGGUUUGUGCUCACGAACGACGGGCAGUGCUCGAUGGAAUACUUAAUGAUGGUGCCGGAGCACCGCUCUGUUGUGUUGAGUCCACUUUCUGGCACAGUAGCGCCGAAGCAGCGCGCCGUUAUCAUGCUGGUUUAUUCUCCCACAGCGGAGGAAACACUGCGCAACUUCAAGAUUCAGUGCAGAAUCGAAAAGAACACAAUCUAUAAUAUCCGGUUGGGUGCUACGAGUUACGUGCCGAAACUGAAUCUGGGCUUUGACAAGUACGACUUUGGUCCGUGUUUUAUCACGGAGUUUUCAGCCGGUGCGGUGAUGAGCACGACACUGUCUAUGAUGAACGGUGAAGCCAACGAAAACAUGACGUUGGACUGUAUCCUUUUCAAGAAUGAUGUUUUCGAGUUGGAUGCCACCUCCUUUGUGCUUACACCUGGUGAAAUGCGGAACGUGAAGAUCAGUUUCACCCCGCGUGAGGUUGGCGAGUUCACUAGUGAGCUCAAGAUUCUCCUCAACAGCUCAUACCCCAUAUUCGUUCCGCUUACAGGUGAAGGUGUCAUUCCACGCAUUGAGGUACCGAUCCGAUUCCUAAAGUUGGGCACUGCACGGAUUGGCGAGCGCCGCACUGCGGAGCUGCGACUUGAUUGCCGCAGCCGCGCUCUCACGCCGGUGUCUCUUGCCAACUGUGUGGAUGCUGAUUUGCAAGAGAAGGGUGUUUCCAUCUCUCCCAAUGAGAUGUUCUUGUUGCGACCCCGCGAGGUGCGAAACAUCACUGUCUCCUUCAAACCUACAGCUCGUAUGCCGGAGUUCCAGCGUGAAUUACGUAUGGUUGUUUGUGGUCGUGAAAUGCCGCUAGCAAUUGUUUCUGCCUCCUGUGAGGACGCAGAGGUGCACCUCGAUGUGCAGAAUGUCCUCUUUGAUGAUGUCGUGGUAGGCGCCACAGCGUCCCGUCGCGUUGUUAUUAUGAACAGUGGUGACAUCUCCCAACGCUUCAAGUGGGAUUUGGUGUAUGGCACGACUGGUGAAAUGAAGGCUAUUCCGGCAACUGGAGUGGUGCGCGCCCACGCGGAGCAAACGUGUGAGUUUGUUUACGCACCAAAGAAGGUCGGUGCUACAUUCCGGCGCGCUGUGAUGGUGGAUUUUGACAAUGCAGCGCCCAUGUCAGUAAACGUGGAGGCGCACUGCGUGGAGCGACCAAAGGCGGAUGUGGUGGUGGAGUUCGAAUGCAAGGCGAGAAGCUCUCUGACGAAAAUGGUACCUAUAGAGAAUCUCACCGAUGUGCCGUUGACAAUACGACCUAUCAUUGAUAAUCGCCUCUGGACGGCACCGAAGCUGUUUCAGGUCAAUCCUAGGACCACUGCGACGCUGCCCGUAACGUACACGCCGACGCUCGUGACAAAGGAGAAGGAUUUGGGAAGCAUCUUUAUUCCGUUCCCCACUGGUGCUGCGCGCACGAUUCAGCUAGAGGGUGUCGCGACGUACCCCACAGAUGCCACCGCGCUGACGGAGAAAGUGGUCGAAGCCAAUACACCGCACUUGGAGACGUUCGAGGUGCACAACACCACAGCGCAGCCGUUGCGCUUCUACGCCAGCGUGAAUUGGGAGCCCGAGCCGGAGAAAGGUAUGGUGACCGUCAAGACACCAGUAAGUCUAGAUGUGCCGGGGAAGCAGACGCGCGAGUGCUCCGUCGCUGUCUGUUCACUGAAGGAGGGCGUCCUGCGCGGCACCGUGCAAUUCCGCUGUACAGAGCGCGAGGACCACGCGCAGUCUUUUCCCAUUGCGCUGCGUGUUGUGCCGAAAGCAGUGUCUUCCAAGACGGAGCUUGUCGCGACGGUGCGCAAUGUCGCCAUUCAUCGCUUACCCAUCACGAACCCGCUAGAGAAAAACGUCAACGUCACGACACGGGUGGAGAACGGCAGUGAUGUCAUAUUUGUUGAUUCCUCGCUCACAAUUCCACGCAAGACUACCGCGGAGUUGUCGAUCCGCUUCUUCCCGCUCGUGCACAAAGAGUACCCUAUGGCGAUUGUCACCGCUACGAGCGCGGAGCUUGGCACUACGACGUGCAAGCUUAACCUCAGAUCGAUGCCACCGGCUCCGGAGAAAGUCACGCGCAUCUCGUGCCCACUUGGGCAGAGUCUCGUGUUUCCCCUCCAAUUUGUGCACUACAGCAAGGCGAACUGCGACUUCACGGUGCGUGUGUUGUCGGACGCGAAGACCACACCCUUCACAAAAGCAGGGAAUACCGCGAGUGUGAAGGUGCAGGGCACCAUUCGACCAGAGGGACAAGACGUAGCUGUGGAGAUUCAGUACGAACCGACAAGUGUGGGCGAGACGCGAGACUCAAUCGAAGUAUUCUCGCCACAGGCCGGUCUUUACGUAUUCCCUAUUGUGGCAGUGUGCCUGCCGCCACAGCGCCAGGGACCUUUUGUCCUUCGUGCAGGGCAAUCGACGUUGGUUCCGUUCAAGAAUGUUUUCCAGGAGCCUAUCACGCUCGCCAUUUCGACUGACUCGCCCAGCUUUGUGGUUGCGAGACCCACCGAGAGUGUGGCGGCGAAGAAGAUGGUCAACAUUCAGGUUCUGCUCAAGUUGGACGAAGAUGUACAGACGGCGCAGACGGCGAAGCUCACUGCCACUGCCACAGUUCAAGGCGAGACGCUACAGUGGGUGUAUUACCUGAAGCGCUGCACCGCGGAUGGGCCAUCCUUGCUCACAUCGCCUGUCAGACGGAGGGAUCGAUGA